GAAGGAAGUGACGCCAGAAAUGUGCGCCCCAGAGAGUGCCGGCUGGGAGCCGGAGGAGACCAUGGUUCCUCGGCGCCUCCUGUUGGUCGGGGAGGGGAAUUUUUCCUUCGCCGCUUCUCUUAGCGACACCCUGGAUCCCGGCGUCAGUGUUACCGCUACCUGCCUUCAGCACCGGGAGGAUCUGGAGAGGGAUCCGGUGGCCCUGGAGAACCUACAGCGCCUGCGCGAGCGAGGUAUCGAAGUGCGUUUUGGUGUGGAUUGCACCCAGCUGGCACACGCUUUGCAAGCACACAGGGACUUUGAUCGAAUUUAUUUUAAUUUUCCGCACUGUGGACGAAAAGCUGGAGUUGCUAAGAACAGGGAACUGCUUUCCAAGUUUUUCCAGAGCUGUGCUGAAGUUCUUACAAAGGAAGGAGAAGUCCAUGUGGCACUGUGUAGAGGACAAGGUGGGACUCCUGCUGAUAAGCCACAGAGAGAGUGGCACAACAGUUGGCAAGUAGUUGCCAUGGCAGCCCUGGGAGGGUUCAUUUUAAGUGACGUGUGUCCCUUCCCCUGCGAGGCUGUGCCAGGAUACAAGUGCACGGGGUAUAGGAGUCAGGAUAAGCCCUUUCAUGUAGAAGGUGCAUUGACCCAUAUCUUUACCCAGAGCUUGCCCUUUGAAGGCUCCCAGCCCAGAGCGUUCAGAGUCAGACUGGAAGAGCAGUGGUUUUCCUUUAUGGAGCCAGAAGCACUUGCAGGAAAGUUGAAUAGGCGGUUCCUUGAAGCCCCUUCCUGUCAUCCUAUCAGAACCAUCAAUGAGAAACUCAUUGCUGAGUUGGGCAAAACUUUUCCCUUGAAAAGGCUGAAGUGUUCCCUGCCUUUGUUGUCACGGGCAGGCACCAGUGUCCUCCCCCCAGGGACCUGUGACCUUCUGUCUGCCUUUUGGAUUAGUCUCCAUGAAGAUAACUCAUAUUCUGAGUCCCUGACUGGUGAAAUCACCCAAGAAAGGGAAGAGAUUCUUGUGUCAGUUUCUGAACACCCCCGUCCCAAGAGCCCUGCGAGAGACGGCUGCAAAGCAGCUCCUGACAGAGUCUGUGGACAGACCAUGCUCUGCCUUAGGCCUUCUCUUCUGGUCCAUGUGGAAGCUGCCGUCCAUUCACUGGACUUCCUCCCAGGUCCUCUGCACAUCCUCAGUGGACCUGUCUUCCGGAAGUGUCACAUUUCACCUUUUAUGAUGCCAGCAUUUCACGAGACUUUAUUUAUCCUUGGGUUUAAUAAAAAUAUGAAGGAGAUAUGCCUUUCAUCACUGCUGGAUCACCUGAAGAAUAUUCUAGAUAAUCUUCUGACUCAGACAUUGCUGGUGGGCGCCAAUAUGAGCACUUCAGUGCAAUUUGUCCUUCAGCCAAAUGGGAAGGAUUAUAAAAUUCAUGUGAAGUCUCUGAACUCUGGCCCAGAUCGUCCUGAGAAUCUGAUUAUUGGGUCUGUUGUCACAUCUACAGCUGCUACACAUAAACACCAGCAGUUUGUGUAUGUUUCUAUAAACUUGGACUUAUUAGCUAUGCUAGUCUAUGAUAUUUCUGAUUGGAGAAUAUUGUGGACUUUUGAUAAUCGUUUCCUGAAAAGAUUUGCCCCUGGGAAAAUAGAGCGCUUUAAAAGCUAUUCUCUAUAUCCUCCAUGCUAUGUGCAUGAUAUUAGUUUUUGGUUAGAUGAAAAGAUAGGAUUUGACGAACUGGAGUUUCACACUAUAGCCCGAGCAGUAUCCCAGGACGCUAUUAUUUCUGUACAGUUUCUUGGUCGUUUUCAGCGCCCAGGGACUGAGCAGGUCAGUCUGUGCUAUAGAUUGACCUAUCAGGCUUGUGAUAAGGCGCUCAGCCCGAAGGUGGCAGCAGCAAUGCAGUCCCAGUUCAGAAAAGAGAUUCAAAGACAGUUACACGUCUCACUUCGAUAGGUUAGUAAUGACCUUUCUAUAGUUUUUGUGGGUGAUAAAGAGCAACUUGCAACGGACUCUGGGGGUUUGUGU